AUGAUAAAUGAAGAGGAGGAAGAAAAAUAUUACCAUGAUACACAUUUUGACUAUGAUAAUAUAGGUAGUCAUGGUUUGGAGGGGGAAUUUGAGUCUACACCUACACAUGUUGAGCCGUCAUCGGACGUUGGUGAACAUCACACAAAAGAAAUGACUCCUAUUGUUAGGCCGCAACGAAAGAGGGGUGUUCCAUGGUAUCAGCGGACUCCGUUCACAGUGGUACAAAACUCAUAUUUUAAAUUUGGUUCUAUUCCCAUAAACGUUCCUCAUGCCCAUUGGUUUUUGGCAGUGCUACAUUUAGAUAUUUGGAAAGUACACAUUUAUGAUUCAGCACGAUGUAUGAAUUACUUCACAACGUACUUGACUGGUGGAGAAUUCAAAAGUUUUGGGGAUAGUAUAAUCGAAGAGCUAGAUGCGAUUGACUACUGGAAGGAUUUCCCCGAUGGACACAAAGACAACGCAGUUGUGGAGUUUAUUGAUAUUGUAGACGCGCCACAACAAGAAUAUAUUACUAAUAGAGGGGAUUGUGGAGUAUUCGUAAGCAUGUAUAUGGAAAUGAUUGCUUCGGGGGUACCGGUGAAGAGUGAUAAGCCAUGUAGAGAUGCGGGAUUUCUCUACAGAAAUAGGAUGACAAAUAUUAUUUGGGAUACUAAAUAACUUGAUGUUUGGAAGUUUGUAUACAUUAUUAUGAAAUACUUGUUUUUAGU